ACUGCGGCUUCGCGCACACAAGCGUAAACCACGAUGCGCAAAACGCUCUGCGCGCCGCGAACACUGCGAAGUUGCAAGGUACGAAUUUAGCAGCUCUGAUGCAGACGACGCAACAGCACAGAGCUGUAUGGAGCACGUUGGAGCGUGUAGUGAACACUAGAGAACACGUGGUGGUUUAGCGCAUCUGGAAAAAAAUAUUUUAACUUCUUUCUUUAAUUUAAAUCAAAGUAGGCAAAUAGAGAUAUAACAUAAUUUGCCAAGUAUUUUGUAUGAUAAAUUCUAUUCUAGCCGGAUAAAUAUAUUUAUUAAUAAACAAUUAGCCGGUGUGAAAGGUUAUGUCUUUUCGAGGACGCGGUGGUAGAGGCGGCGGCGGCGGUUUUAGAGGCGGCGGCGGCUUUAGAGGUGGCCGAGGUGGUGGAGGAUUUAGAGGACGAGAUGGUUUUGAUAAAGGCAGAGGAUACGAUCAAGGACCUCCGGAGACAGUAAUACCAUUAGGACAUUUCAAGUGGUCUGUACAAGAUGAUCUCGUUGCUAAAGUAGAAAUCGAACAAGUGCCUUAUUUUAACGCGCCAAUUUAUACAGAAAACAAACAACAGAUUGGAAAAAUAGAUGAAAUAUUUGGGAAUAUUCGUGAUUACUUUGUAUCUAUUAAGUUGUCAGAAAAUAUAAAGGCUCCUAGUUUUGAGAAGGAUACUCAGUUAUAUAUUGAUCCAGCAAAACUACUCCCUCUUCAGAGGUUUUUGCCGAAACCUGCCGGGGAACAGAGGAAAGGUGCGGCUGGAAGAGUUACGAAAAGAGGUCCAAGAGGAAGAGGAGGUGGAGGCUUUGGUAAUAGAGGUGGCAAUAGAGGAUCUUUUGGUAGAGGAGGCGGAGGCUUUGGUAAUAGAGGUCCUGGUGGUGGAGGACCUAGAGGACGUGGAGGAGGCGGCGGAUUCAAUAGAAAUUCAAGUGGCGGUCGAGGAGGAGGUAGAGGCAGAUGGUAGAAUAUGCUUAGGAAUAUUAUGUAUAUAUAUAUAUCAAAACCAUAUAUAUAUAAUAUGUCAACAAUGUAUCAACAAUAUACA